UAGUCAUGGAACAACAUUUUGAAGCCACAAAACUGUUCCACUCUAGCCAUAUGUUGAGCACUUCGUAUUUAGUAGCAAUACGAUAUUUGCCAAACUUUUCUUCAAUAACCAUUGCUAGAAGAUUAGCUACAUCUUCACGUCCUUGGGCCACUGAUGGUAUAGAUACCAGAACACAGUCACCUACUUUUAAAGAAAGAGGGAGUAUGCCGUUACAUCUAGUUACUAUUCUGUCCGCUUGGAGCUUUUAA